AUGAACCGACUUGAUUCUGGUCAAAGUAUUAAGAUCGGCGGCAACACAGCUGGCCCUCACCCGUCCGCUGAGCAUCGCCCUGUGCAUUACGAAGAAUGGGCCACGCCGUCUGCGAGAGGAUAUUUUAUUUCAGAUCAUAUGAUCAAUGAACCUCCAAACAAAUCACUCAAGGUCAUUCUUAUUGGAGCUGGAGCAGCCGGUAUCGACUUCCUCCACCACGCUCCCACUGCUCUCAAAGGUCUUAAUGUUGACAUCGUAUGCUACGAGAAGAACGAGGAGAUUGGGGGUACCUGCACUGACCGGGUGAGAGACAUUCCCAGUGCAAGCUACCAAUUUGCCUGGAGACCAAACCCAGAGUGGAAGAGCUACUACAGCGGGGCCAAGCAUAUAUGGCAGUAUUUGAAGACUAUUGUGGAUGAAGAAGGGAUGAUGAGAUAUAUCAAACUCGGAGUCGCGGUGACCGGCGCUGUUUGGCAAGACGAAAAGUCUAAGUGGAUCGUCCGUCUUUCCCGGUCUGACCAAGAUGAGAUAUCUGAGUGGACGGAAGAAUGCGACGUGCUGGUUAGCGGCACCGGCUUUCUGAAUGCUUGGAAGUGGCCUGCAAUUCCCGGCCUCGAAACCUUUAAAGGGAAAAUUUUCCACAGUGCAAAGUACGAAGAAGGCUUUGAUCUGAAAGCAAAGCGAGUUGCUGUUAUCGGGUCCGGCAGUUCGGGUGUACAAAUAGUGGCUACGAUCUAUCAGGAUGUGUCCAAGCUUUAUACUUGGGUACGAACUCCAACAUGGAUCACUGCCGGAUUCGCGCAAAAGUAUGCUGGGGAAAAUGGGGCAAACUUUGAUUACUCAGAGGAGCAAAAAUCGGAAUGGCGGCAAGACCCAGAAAAAUACAGACAGUAUAGAAAACUGAUCGAGCAGGAGUUGAAUCAGAGAUUUAAGUUCGUCCUCAAAAACACCCGUGAAUCAGACGAGGCCAAUAUUUUUGCUUACAAAGAGAUGGCAUCAAAGCUUGGCCACAAUCCUCGUCUUGUAGACCGAAUGAUUCCGAAGGACUUCAAUGUUGGCUGCCGCCGACCAACUCCUGGAAAUGGUUAUCUUGAAGCACUUGUUGGUGAGAAAACAACUUGCUACACUGACAGCAUUGGCGCUAUCACUCCCAAAGGCUUCGUCACAGCUGAUGGCGAAGAGGUCGAGGUGGAUGUGAUCAUCUGUGCAACAGGAUUCGACACCUCCUUUCGCCCUCGGUUUCCGAUCAUCGGACUCGAAGGUGAAAGCCUCUCGAAACAAUGGGAAAAGCUGCCAGCCAGCUACAUCUCUGUCGCGGCACCCAAAAUGCCCAACUAUUUCAUGUACACGGGACCAUUCGGUCCUGUUGCCCAAGGCUCUGUGCUCCCCCUUCUUACACUUUGCUCCAACUACGUCAUUCAAAUAAUUCAGAAGAUGAGAAAGCAACACAUUCGCCGACUCUAUCCCAAGGAAACGGCAAUUGAGGAUUUCAUGGAACACGCCGCGUUAUACAUGCAGCGGACUUGCUGGUCAGACCCUUGCACAAGCUGGUUCAAGCAGGGCACAACAGAUGGGCCUAUCAUCAUGUGGCCUGGAAGCAGGUUGGCAUUUUUCGACCUGAUGGAGACACCAAAUUUUGAGGACUAUGAGAUCGAGUAUUGGAGCAAGAAUCGAUGGGGUUGGCUGGGCAACGGAUUCAGUACGAUUGAAUUCGACGGGAAAAGCGAUAUUACUUAUUACUUAGACACACAAUCUGGAAUGGGAGCUUCAGGCAAGACAUCGGUUGUGGAGAAGAGCAGCUACUCAAACAACCACGCCAACGGCCACACGAACGGAGUCAACGUGGAAUGA